AGCGGAGGAAGAUGGCAGAGCGGCAACAACAGAAGCACGAAGGCCGAGUGAAGAUCGGCCAUUACGUCCUGGGCGACACGCUGGGAGUGGGCACGUUCGGCAAAGUGAAGAUUGGAGAGCACCAGUUGACAGGCCAUAAAGUGGCUGUAAAGAUCCUAAACAGACAGAGGAUCCGCAGUCUCGAUGUCGUGGGGAAGAUCAAACGAGAGAUCCAGAAUCUCAAACUGUUCCGACACCCACACAUCAUCAAGCUGUACCAGGUAAUAAGUACACCCACAGAUUUCUUCAUGGUUAUGGAGUAUGUGUCUGGAGGGGAGCUGUUUGACUACAUCUGCAAACAUGGACGGGUUGAAGACACAGAAGCUCGUCGUCUUUUCCAGCAGAUUAUCUCAGGUGUGGACUACUGCCACAGGCACAUGGUGGUCCACAGAGACCUCAAACCUGAGAACGUCCUGCUGGAUGCCAGCAAGAACGCCAAGAUUGCAGACUUUGGUCUGUCAAACAUGAUGUCAGAUGGAGAGUUUUUAAGGACAAGCUGUGGGUCACCCAACUAUGCUGCUCCAGAGGUCAUCUCCGGAAGGCUCUAUGCAGGCCCAGAGGUGGACAUCUGGAGCUCCGGAGUGAUCCUGUACGCCCUGCUCUGUGGAACUCUGCCCUUUGACGAUGAUCAUGUUCCCACGCUGUUUAAGAAGAUCAGAGGAGGUGUCUUCUACAUCCCAGAGUACCUGACACGCCCUGUGGCUUCGCUGCUGAAGCACAUGUUACAGGUUGACCCCCUGAAGAGAGCCACCAUCAAAGACAUCAGGGAAGAUGAAUGGUUUAAGCAGGACCUGCCAGGCUACCUGUUCCCUGAAGACCCUUCAUAUGACUCCACAGUCCUGGAUGAGGAGGCCGUCAGAGAAGUGUGUGAGAAGUUUGAAUGCACUGAGUCUGAGGCUGUGUCCAGCCUUUACAGCGGAGAUCCACAGGAUCAACUAGCAGUGGCCUAUCACCUCAUCAUAGACAACCGGCGCAUCAUGACACAGGCCAGCGAGUUCUACUUGGCCUCCAGUCCUCCCCAGGGUUCCUUUAUAGAGGAGGGCAUGCCGUUGCCCCCUGGUAUGAAACCCCACCCAGAGAGGAUGCCUCCGCUCCUGGCUGACAGCCCUAAGUCUCGUUGUCCUCUGGAUGCUCUCAACACUACCCGACCAAAACCUCUGGCAGUCAAGAAGGCCAAGUGGCACCUCGGUAUCAGAAGUCAGAGUAGACCAUAUGAUAUCAUGGCUGAAGUUUACAGGGCUAUGAAACAACUUAACUUUGACUGGAAGGUGGUGAACCCAUAUCAUCUGCGAGUGAGGAGAAAGAAUCCAGUGACGGGCAACCUGGUGAAAAUGAGUCUGCAGCUCUACCAGGUGGACAACAGAUCCUACCUCCUCGACUUCAAGAGCAUAGAUGAUGACAUCAUCGAGGCGUCGGGCUUCAAGUCCGGUUCAUCCACUCCACAGAGGUCGGGCUCCACAGCCGGUCUCCACAGACCCAGACUGAGCAUCGACUCAGCCAGCCCUGCCAUCGAUCUGACCCAGCUCAGCUCCUCUCUCCCAGGAUCCCUGUCGGGUAGCUCCCCUCUUCUCACCCCACGUCAGGGAUCACACACCAUGGACUUCUUCGAAAUGUGUGCCAGUCUGAUCACCUCACUGGCACGCUGAGGCCCGGUGAAUCCUAACCUUUCUGUAAUAUGGAUGUCAGUGGGGUUUUAAGCCAUUUGCAGAUGUGGGAUGUAGAGAGUGUAGCAGUGUGUGGUGGCUUCCCUUUUCUGUCUCCUCUCAACCUCUGUUCCACUUGUGUUUGACAAAGAGAGAGAGAGAGAAGAAGGAGGAUGCCGUCAACAGAAAGGCAGAUUAUUAUAAAAAAAAUAUUUUUUGAAACAGUCCUUGGGUACGAAUCUUGGUGUUUAAACAUCAGCUGAUCCUGGGGACUGCCGAAAGCCAACAAAGUGAGUGAUAGUUGAUGGUCGUAGUUCACAGCAGUGUUGGCGUCAGCAAAGGUCAAGUUCACUGUCACUCCUCUUACAAAUCCCAUAAAACUAGUAUCAACUGCUGAAAAUGACACUAAACAUGUGUCUUGGCGAUUGUUACCAAAUCUAAAAAGUAGAUUUCAGUUGAUUUUGGCUUUUGUUUUCCAUCUAAAUUAUAUUUAUAUUAUAUCAUAUUACGUAGCUGAAAAGGUUGAUAAAAGUAUAUACCAAAAAUUUGACUUUAUAAAUCAGAAAGAAGAUUAUUAUAUAGGUAUGAGAUCCAUAUAUAUUUUUUAGAGUUUGUUUUUAGCAACUGUAGUUCUGUUAUUUAAGCACUGCGCUGACAUAGAGGUUUAUCCAGAUUUUAGUUUGUGGGUGAAUAAUGAACCUAGAGAGCUGGCAGAUUAAUAGAAUGACUAUAUGUUACAUGGAACUGACUGUAGGUUGCAUUUGGUGCGGCAGACAGACACACACCAUCUCACACAAGUUUUCACUACCACUGAAUUAUAUUUCUAUAGUUAAAUUAUAUCUUUGAAUUGCGGUUCAAAGAUUCCUAUCACUCAGAUUCAUUCCCAAAUGAUUAUUAUCAUUGCAUACAUUAAAUAAUUGUCACACACAGACUCCUUAACACGAAUUGAGACGAGCGUACCGCCUCUGAGUCCAAACUGUACAUGAGUAAGUACAGAGGGGAUGUUGAUAGAGUGGGCGGCAAAGGUCAUGGUGAUAAAUCCAUGUGAGAUGUGUGUGUCUGCUGCAAGACAGCAUCAAGCCACAGAAACCUUUUCUCCAGUUGCCUUAAAGAACGCAACACAGUGGUUCUUUACAUAUGUAUACAGAGAGUGUGUGUAUGAGCCAGUGUGUGUGAUGCAGAUCAGAUGGGUGAGUGUCCCGUUUUCUGACUGACCUGGUGUGUUAGUUUGGAGGACCCUCACAGUGGGUUAUGAGCUCAGUGGAGCAGGUGAAGGAAAGUGUGAGUCUGAGAACAAAGAGCUGAGAAGCAGAAACACGAUACUCCGGUGUUCUGACACUGUGGGAGCUGUUACCUGUGUGUGUGUGUGUGUGUGUUUGUUUGUUCUGUUCAGCUGUUGUCGUCUUUUCAGGCUGCCCUUAAACACUCAUUUGUCGAGGCCAGCCGUUUGCAUCACAUACUUUGUGCGUUACUGUAUAAGUUGGUUUGUGGUUCUACAUAUUGACAAACGUCACAGUGUUAUUACUUUUAUAAAUGUUCUGCAUUUGCCUGUCAGUCAUACCAGAAUAGUGUAGUCUGCUGUUGCUGUCACUGGAUCACUUCUGACAGAAUGUAAAGUGGAAGCUGAAGGCUGCUCACACUUAUCCUCCUCUGUCUGUCAGGGCUGUGCGAUAUCUCAGUGUAGGUCAUUUCAUUUCCAGAUAAUGUCAAAUAUCAAAACUACAUAACAUUAUAUCUGUAUAUGUUAUUGAGAAGUUUAUGUAAAGUUGCCAAAUGUAAAAGCAGAUUUCUUAUGACAUUACUUUUCGUCUUGGCAUUGUGUACUUUGGGACGAGUGUUGGCACCAACUCACAAAGCUCAUGUGUUUAUUUAUUUGCAAAUGUCAAGCUGCCAGGAGCUGUUCCCCAUUUUCACCUUUGCCAUAUUAUCUGUUUGUCUAUUGCAACUACUCCCGUGGUGUUUGGAGUGUGUUGUGUGGAGCGGGGUGCUGUAUUAUUAGCAAAGUACAGUUUCCGGGUGUGUACUAGACUUCUCUUACCAGAGCCACAUUUAUGAGACAGGAAUAGCAUCCUGUAUUAGAUACAAGUUCCUCCUUUAUUUUUUGGUUGUCAAAGUCCUUUGUCCUGUUUGUUAUUACCCCGUUGGGUGUCUUGGUCACUCUCUUCCUCCUUUUUGGGUUGUCCUCAUGUAAGUGCCCUGCCUACCAUGAAGAGCAUCACAGCACAAUUGAUAUUCUGUCACCUCAUGAUAUAUUUUGUCAUGUCGCACAGCCCUGCCGAGUGGGUUCUCUUGGUUGGUGGUGUUUGAUGGAGAGUUCUGGACUGAUGCAGUUCUACUGUUCUCAGUUUAAUACAGAGGAGGAAGAGUUAGUAUCUAAUUUGCUUUAGACUGGUGUCAUUAAAAAUAUGAAAGGGAAAUGUAAUGGUGUUGAUAAGUUAGAAAAUAAAUAAAAACAUGAAUAAAUCCAGAACAAUACUACGUAAAUGAAGUAAUACAUUCUGAAAUAAUUUAAGAUCCUACUUAACCUCAGGUCACUAUUAUAAAAUGUUAUUUAUCAUUGUUAGUUUCAUAGACUGGAAGUAUGUGAUGUGGCUAAAAAGGCAAGGACCAGGGAAAACAGGAUUUCUACUUUAAUGAAGUUAAUGUGGAAUAGCAAUGAAAUAACAUUUCAUAAUGAUGGGUUGAGGUUUUGUUAUUAAAUUAUUCUAGUGUAUAAUAUUUCAUUUAUAUUUUGUGUAUUAAUUCAUGAUUAUUUAUUUCUUAUUUGUUAUAGGUGAAAUUGAUAUCAGCCACCAAACAGUCAAGAGAUUUAGAUGUUUGCCUUAUGAGAGCAACAUGAAGAUUUGGGGUUGAAACGGUGAAAGUCCCAGUAUGUGUUACGCUGCUCAAACCCUUUAUUACAACAUCCUGUGGUUGUGUGUAGAGUUGUCCACUGUGCGCGACAACACACAUACCACUGAGUGCACUUUGAUGUCAGAGAGAGAAAGAUACAUGCAAUACACGCACAUGCAAACAGACACACACAUAAACACACACAUACAAACACUAAUUCAUGUCCUUCAGUUAAACUUCUCUGUUACACUUUAUUACUGUGUCUUAAUGACUUGUCCUGAGCUACUCUGGUCUCAUCAGGAUCAUAAUGCAUCCACUCCUCAUGAUACUGCUGCUCAUGACAACACUGAUCCAUGAAAUGCAAUAUCCAGGAGAAGUUGUGGUCCGGAUUUAAAAACUCCUCUGAUGUAACCAGUAUUCACUGUCAGUAAAAAGUACUGUAGUACUGCAGCAUUUCAACUGUAUGCAACUCUUAGUGGCAUGUUCGUCAUAUAAACUCUACUGUGUGUUUAGAGCUGCAAUCACAUGCCAGAGGACCUAAUCAAAUACACACUUUCUGUGUCGUACCAAAGUGAAGGUUUGUCAGUCUCUGUCUAUCUGUGGUGGGGUUCUGAUUAGUGUAACUGUAAGUACCUCUGUCUGUCUGUCUGUGUGUGUGUGUGUGUGUGUGUUGACACACUGGUUAUUUUGAAAGAACGUGUACAAGGGUGUGUCUCUGCACGUGUGUGUGUGUGUGUGAGAGAGAGAAUGUGUCUCUGUGUCUGAUUGGGGUUUUGAUUUAUCUUGUUAUGCACUGCAUGAUAUUGCUGUUAUGAUUUGCACUUUAAUGAGUAUUUAUUAAAAAACAAUAAACAAACAUAA